UUGGUGAUAGUAACAUGAUCCAUAACCUUGAGGAAGGAAUCUCGAGUGAACCAAAAUGCUUCUAAUACUUUCACAAGAACAAAAAGACCACCUAAAGUUCCUAACUACCUUAGAUCUGGAGGUCAUUCUCGAGUUUGUAAGGAUCUCUCUCGAUUUCAUUCGCAAGGGCCCGCCAAAUACCAAGAUCUUCCAAGCCGCAGCCCAGAAACUGGGGGUGGAUGUCGAGACGGUGAAAAAUGGAAUAAAUGGCUUGAUGCACUUAUUUACUGAAUGCUCAAGACUUACUAUUGGUGAGAUAGACUUUCAGGAUUCUGUAAUGACGCUUGGUUUCUCUGAGGAAGUUAAUAAAGCCCUGUUGGAGGUCUAUCUGGAUAAUCGGAAGGAGAUUCGUGAUAUUCUGGCAGAAAUGGCUGUCACAUUGCCACAGUAUCACAACUUGGAAUGGCGGUUUGAUGUGGAGCUAGCGAGCAGAUCCUUACAUCACCAGACAAACCCUUUGGUCUUAAUGAAACUGCAUACGAAGGAAGGCACUAAAGAGUCGGCUCAGAUUGUCCAAGUGGAUCCUGUUAAUCUGAUGCAUUUGACUUCAGCGUUGGAGAAUGCCAUGCAAGAGAUGAAAAGUGCUCACUGUAGAAGGAUUGUCAGGAACAUCAAAUAGAAUAAUAGAAUAUUUAACUUUUUUUAAAUUAAAAAAUUAGGUUUGUUUCCAGAGUAUCAACUUUCCCCUCCCCACAGGGUACGUCUCAGGGUCUCAGCAAACCCUGGCUUAUGCUACUGCUAUAGUACCAUCUCAAUGCCUAGAAUAAGCAUCAAAACACAUUGAACAGUUAGUGAAUACUUUAAUAACAUUUUUACUUCAAAUUUGUAAUUAUUAUAAAAGUUACAGUGUACUACCUUGAAUGUUAAAACUACAGCUUUGUAAAUACAUGGCCAAAUAACCCGGGGGGGUACUCCCCUAUAUUUGCUAUAUGGGUAUGUGCCACCCUAUAGGGUAUGGUUUUUCGGCUUUUGGGUCUGGGGUAGGGUAUCAUUUUUUGACAUUUUGUCUGGGAUAGGGUAUCAAUGA